AACCAAAUCCAUACAAAUGGAAUGCUUCUCUAUAUCCCUUAUGAACUAAAUGGAUUUGAACUUUGUUUGUUGGGAUUAGCUUCAACUGUAGAUAUUUGGACACCAUCCCUAACAUAUACUAUUUUCAAAAGUUAAAUACAUAGUUUAAUGUGAAGGACUGAUUCAUAUCCGACAUUCAUUUGAAGCAGAAACAUCAACAUUUGCAGACUUCAGUAGCAGCCAGAUUGAAUACGAUUUACGGUGAAGAUGAAACAGUUGAUUUUAGCCCUGCUCAUUAUCAGCAAUGUUUGUGGUCCAGUGGCUGGCCGUUGGUCUGUGCCUGCCAAAGGAUACAAUGUAGCAUAUCGCAAGCCGACUAAGCAAUCCUCCAAUUUAUAUGGUUAUAAUAAAGGAUAUUCCGAAUUGGCAGUGGAUGGCAAUACAGACAGUAACUUUUAUCAUGGCUCAUGUACACAUACAAAAAAUGAGUUCAAAGCCUGGUGGAUGGUUGACCUAAAAAGCUCAUACAACAUAUAUGCAGUUAAACUGUUCAACCGUAAAGACGUACCUGAACGCUUGAGCAACUUCAGAAUUGAGGUUAGCAGUAACUUGUUUAGCUGGAGCCAUUGUUACUAUCAAAGUGGAGGGCUUAAUGAUGUCUGGGAACUUUUCCAUUGCCAGGCAUCUCCUUAGUGCCGUUAUGUCAGAGUCCAGCUACAGGGCACUAACUUCCUAUCACUGUGUGAGGUUCAAGUUUUAG